UGUAAAUAAUUAUCUUGUGUGCAAAGUAUAUGUUUUAGUUGUGAAACAUUAAAGUCCAACCUUGGCAAAACCAAGAGAAAGGCUAAAUGAAAGUUGAAAGAUACUGCAGCAGACUGAGGCAGAACAAUACACGAGGAAAAGAACACUGAACCUGGAGAAAACAAGUGGAGGCAUUGUGAAAUGAAGACUGGUAUUGCAGCGAAGGACUUCUUCCUUAAAGUGAUGCCAGUAUUGCUGUUGUUGGCUCUGGUGUGCCCAACCAUGGCCUCUUCUACACCGUUGUCAGCAGUGGACUCAUGCGGGCCAGAGGUUGCAGCUCUCAAGCGCAGCAUAAGGAAACUGGAGAAUAAACUCUUGAUCGGGACUUGGCAGGUGGAGCACUUGCAGAGGCACAAAUACUUCCAGUCAUUUCAACCUGCUGUGUCUAAUACUAAACCUGAAACGGACACAUCCCCCGAAGUGAACCACAACAGCAGUGGGACAUUAGACAGCUCUGUUGUGACACUUCCACCAGCAGGCAACUUAAUUGUCCAUGACAAAGACUGCUCUGAGCUAUUUGACAGACUGAAACCACCAAGCGGUUUCUACCGCAUCAGACCCAAAUUACACCAGGAGCCUUUUUUGGCCUACUGUGACAUGGAGGAUGGAGGAGGAUGGACAGUGUUUCAGAGACGUCGGCAUGGAAAAGUUGACUUCAACAGAGACUGGGUGGACUACAGAGAUGGAUUUGGUGACUUCAAGCUGUGGAAUGAUGAGUUUUGGUUGGGGAAUGAGCACAUGUAUUCUCUACUCUCAGAAGGUAAGAACCUGGUGAAGAUAGACCUAAUGGACUGGGAUGGAAAGAGAAACUAUGCAUUUUAUGAGAACUUCAGGAUCACUGAUGAGGCCGACAAGUAUCGUCUCCAGUAUGGGCUGUAUAGCGGGAAAGCUGGAGAUGCUCUGACAGGCGGUGGGGGGAUGGUGGAGCAGUGGUCUGCGUGCCUCAGCGGCAUGCAGUUCAGCACCAGAGAUCAGGACAAUGACCGCUACCUUCAGGGCAGCUGUGCUCAGGAGAAUAAGGCAGGCUGGUGGUUCAACAGAUGUCAUGCAGCCAACCUAAAUGGGAAGUUCUACCGCACAGGGGAGUACAAGGGCCAGCAUGACAAUGGUGUGGUGUGGGGGAGCUGGAAAGGCCUUUGGUAUUCUCUCAGACACACCACCAUGAAGGUGCGGCCUCUGGUUUUCUUGGACGUCAUGGGCAGUGGAGCAGGGGAAAUUUAA